UUGUUUGAACUGUUUUACUAUUAUAAAGAUUGCUUACAGAGGGGAACAUAGGCUAUUUUUUUUCUAGUUUUCUUCAACUUUUAAGUAUAACUCCAGCUCUGGCAGGAGAUGUGAGGCUCUCAGUGAAACGCAUCACUGAGCUUGCUCGCGCGCGCGCGUGUGUGUGUGUGUGUGUAAUAAUCCUCUUUACUGCAGCAGAUGCUCGUCUGUCAAUCAACCGGACCGAACUUGACUUGAGAGCGCGAGAGAAACAACCCAGCAGGCGUCAUUUAGCGAUGCAGGAAUGGUAAAUAAAGCUGUAUUCUACACACACCAUACCAUGAUAGCGACCACAGUCGUGUUUAAAAGUUGCAUUUGUUGACCGGAUAACGCAAUGCCGUCGCAGGAUGAUGCCGAGUCGGUAAAUGAAGACGAUUUUCCGCCUCCGGUUCCACCGCGAGUAGCUCCACCGCGAGACACGCCGGCAGCAUCUGAACGCCGGGUAAAGUGUGUGAUGGUCGGCGAUGGAGCGGUGGGUAAAACCAGUCUGAUUAUCAGCUACACCACCAACGGAUAUCCGGCAGAACACAUUCCCACUGCCUUUGACAACUUCACAGCCAGGGUAGUGGUGGACGGGAGACCAGUUCAACUUCAGCUGUGUGACAUGGCAGGACAGAGAUGGGAGGCAGUGGAUCAGUCUCUAAAUGAUGACUUUGACCGACUCCGCCCACUCUGUUACCGUGAUGCUGAUGUGUUCCUGCUCUGCUACAGCGUGGUCCUCCCAUCCUCCUUCAGAAGUGUGACUGACCGAUGGGCUCCUGAAAUUAAUCGAAUCUGUCCUGGUGUUCCCAUCAUCCUCGUGGGCACUCAGUGUGAUUUACUUGAAGACGUUCAGGUGCUUAUCCGACUCGCAGAGGGCCAGGAGAAACCAGUGAGCCAGGAAGACGCCCGAUUGUGUGCCCGUAGCAUCGGUGCCGUGACAUUCGCUGAAUGUUCAGCUCUGACACAGAAGAACCUGAAGGAAGUGUUCGACGCCGCCAUCUUAGCUAGCAUGAAGCAUGCAGAGGAGUCGAUGUGGCCGAGGAUCCAGACGCUGAGAGAAAAAACCCCAGAUAAAAUCAGACAGCUUUCUGAAAGCUGGUGGAAGAAACUGAGCUGCGUCCAGAGCUUUGAUUUUCAGUGACAGAGGAUCCGCUGGUGGGUUUGAGUUGCCUUUUUUGAUACAUCAGAAGCUCACAAUGUAAACAAAUGUUCUUAAAGGUACAGUUUACACCCAAAAAUGUAAAAAUAAUCAUGCAUUAUUUAUUUUACUUUCCACUUGUAAAUGAGUUUGUAUCUUCUGUUCAGCACAAAAGAAGAUAGUUUGAAGAAUGUUCUACACUGUAAACAAAAAUAAUUAACAGGUUGCCUAUUUUGUGAUUUACAGGUUUAUGAGUUGCAUUAUGGGGUGUUUAUCUCUGCUCUGUCAACUUGUGGUGUUAAAAAUUAAACUCUACAGUUUAAUAAAGUGACUAUUGCUAAACUCUAAGCAGUUUGAAACAAUGCAUUGUAUACUACAGUAGUAGUGUUGUCAAGAUACUGGAAUACGUCCAUCUUCCCUUAACAUUUGAGCUCUGUUGAGCACGUUCUUAAAUUUGCCAUUGUGUUCAUGUGCUCAACAGAAAUGACUGUGAUUGGUUGUGAAGGUCAUCAGU